AUGGGAACAGAUGUGUCGAAUAUUCCAGGAAUGGGGAGAAGUGUAUUCUGGGCAGCUCACUAUAUAUUUGCAGAUGCGGACUGGCUGACACUGGAUGACCGGAUCUACUAUGCACUCGUGACUAUUCAACAAAUUUACCUUCCCAUCCUUGCUAUUGUUGCUGUUCCUGUGAACAUUGUGACGAUUGCGAUUCUAUCCCGGGGGAAGUGUGGACUCUCCAAAGUUGUCACUCACUACCUGGUUGCCAUGGCAGCAGCAGAUCUUCUGGUCAUUUUUCUCGAUCUGAUUUUGAGGCAGAUUCCGGUUGUUUAUUGGAAAUACUUCAGCAUCCUGUUUUCGCUGCGCAUGUGUAACAUUCAGGCAGCCAUGAUUUCCGCAGCCACCGACUGUUCGGUCUGGUUUACGGUUGCUUUCACAUUUGAUCGAUGUGUGGCCAUUUGUUACCAGAGGCUGAAGAAUAAAUACUGCACUGAGAGAAUGGCGGCAGUGGUUCUGUGUACAGUGACCGCUGUGAGCUGUUCAAAGAAUAUUUUCUGGUAUUUUAUUCUCACAGUGUGCUUUUUUCAAAGUAGAAGUUACUACAUAUUUUUGGCGACGCAGUGAACUGGGUUUGUG